CUACUCAUUCUAGGGAAGGCAAGAAGGCUCAUUGUGUGCUCAACAUUGUCUGAAUAAUUUGCUGCAAGGGGAAUACUUUAGUCCUGUUGAGUUAUCCUCUAUUGCACAGCAAUUGGAUGAGGAAGAAAGGAUGAGAAUGGCAGAGGGAGGAGUAUCUAGUGAAGAAUACAGGACUUUUUUACAGCAGCCUUCUGUAAAUAUGGAUGAUAGUGGAUUCUUCUCAAUUCAAGUUAUAAGCAAUGCCUUGAAAGUGUGGGGUUUAGAACUAAUCCUCUUCAACAGCCCAGAGUACCAGAGACUUGGGAUCGAUCCUAUAAAUGAAAAAUCAUUUAUUUGUAAUUAUAAGGAACACUGGUUUACAGUUCGAAAGUUAGGAAAACAGUGGUUUAACUUGAACUCUCUCUUGAUGGGUCCAGAACUAAUUUCAGAUACAUAUCUUGCACUUUUCUUGGCUCAAUUACAACAGGAAGGUUAUUCCAUAUUUGUAGUAAAAGGUGACCUGCCAGACUGUGAGGCUGAUCAGCUGCUGCAGAUGAUUCGGGUACAGCAGAUGCAGCGACCAAAACUGAUUGGAGAAGAGGCAGCACAGUCAAGAGAUCAGAGGCUACCCAGAAGUGAUGUGGACCAGGCAAUAGAAGUUAACCAUCCGUUUGAUGGAACAGGCAUGUUAGACGAAGAUGAAGAGAAUUUUCAGAGAGCCCUGGCUCUAAGUAGGCAGGAAAUUGAUAUGGAGGAUGAAGAAGCUGAUCUUCGCAGAGCCAUUCAGCUCAGCAUGCAAGGUAGCCGUCAAAGUGAGCUCUCAGGCUCAUUACCACAGAAUGUUCCUCAGUCGUCUCACAGCAGUCAGACUCACUCCCUUUCUUCAGAAGAACUGCGAAGGAGAAGACAAGCAUAUUUUGAAAAACAGCAACAACAGCUACAGCAGCAAGAUCAGACCCCAAACCUACAGGACAAAGCAACUCUUAGCUCAAGCCCUCCAGAACCUGGCACAGGUGGUGAUAUGAGCGAAGAAGACAUGCUUCAAGCAGCCAUGAAUAUGUCUCUGGAGUCUGUUAGAAACCACUUGAAUUCGGAAGAGGAGAAAUAACAUCAUUUUAUUCCCUUUUAUUGUCAAAACGCUAAGUCACCAUUAAAAUUCUACUGUGUGAAUGUUGCACAAGCAGGGUUCAUUUCAGAGUUCUGGAAGUAGGAAUGAAAGGGGGGCUGCUGAAGGUCAGUUUAGAGGAUCUGCAAAUACAAAAAUGAUUGCACUAAUUUAGAGAACUGUAGCACUCCUACUACAAAACAUCUGCUCAUAGGAGUAAUGGUGUUAAAAUUACUGGAACUAUUCAUGCAAAGUUAGACAAGGGUAGCAGCUGUAACUUAAAAAAGUAAAGCAUUUAAAGCUUGCAUUAAAAAAGCAAGUUUAAAUUGUUUUGAAGAGUUCUGUAGAAGAUUCAAAUGGUGCUGAAAACAGCAUCAAAUUAUUUUCUUCAGUACUAAUGGAAAAACAGAUACAAAUAAUAAGUUAUGUUCAUAAAUUCUUUUUAAUAGAUCACUCUAAAGUGGGGAGAGUAAUUAAAUUCCAUUAAUCUUAAAUUAUUUUGUAAUUCUUUAUUAUGAAUGACUUAAUGUCAACUUUUUGAUCCUGCUGUCUACUUUUGAAAUUAUCCAUUCUGCAGGAGAAACAAGGAAGAAUCCAUAAAUUUCAUACUUUUCAAUUCAAGUCAAAAUUUUCAGUGUAUUGUUGACUAUAAUGUUACUCCCGAGUCUUUCAGUGAUUUCUGACUUUAUAAUAAUUUUUGGUUUUACCUUCAAUUCCAAUUGUAAAAUUUUAGGCCCAUGUUUAAUGUACUGUCUUUUAGCAGAUAACUUGCCUUAUUUGGCUUGGAGUUUUGUUUUCUUGUUUUGCUUUUAAUUAUUGUUUUCUUAUGUUCUUUCUUGUUAAAGCCACUGUCUUUUUACUUCAAAAGCAGCAUAUACUCAAUUGGGUUGAACAGGUUUUAUUUUCUACCUCUUCCAGAGUCUUUUCCUCUUCAAGCUCAACCCUUCAUUAUGGCUUUUCAGUAUGAAAGAGCUGUAACUGAAUCUAGGAGAAGGUAGGAGGGGAUUUAGGUGCCAUAAAGUCAGUGCCACACGCAUAAGGUGCAUUCCUGCAAUCUGAAAUGACCCCUGUGCAAGUAGCUCUUUUAAGAAUGAGUAUUUAUGCCUGUGUGGAUGUUCUUUCUGAAAUGCUUUUUAUGAGUGUCUGUCAGAAUGUUGCAGUUUUUUCAGGAAUGGCCUUUAUUCACGCACCUUACAAUUUUUUAUCAUGUUGUUUCUGAUCCUGAGAAAAAUUGGGAAGCAAAGUUUGUGAGAUAGCUUAUGUUAUUGGUUGUAAGACAUUUGCUUUGAUAUCUAGGAUGAAUGUGUAACAGGGUGACCAAACCUGACUUUGAACUUCAGUGCAACAAAAGAGAGAUGUUUCAUUUUCCUAAAUGGUGCUUGAAAUACAAAUUCUGUUUACAUAUAAAUUAUAUGGAAAUAUGUUGUAGAUAGAGUAUAUAAGCUGUAGUCCAGUUAAAGCAUUAACAGUUAGCACAGGCAUUCUAAGAAUCUUUCAAAGAUAACCCAAAAUUUCUUUAUCAAAGUAUUCUAAAGUUAUAUCUUUGCACAAUAGUAACAUUUAAUUCAAAUUAGUAGGAAAUUAAUGGUAGCUAGAUGGAAAUACACAUUCAGCAUCAAGUAGUACUGUACAUGAAAGGGCUUUUACCUCUCAGUAAAGAUUUGUCUACAGCAAUGGUUUCCUGAUAGCUUAGGAUAUUACACAUAAUUGGGCUAAAUUCUGUUUUUCUUAUCCAUGUGCUGGAUUUUCACCAAUGUCAACCGGAACCACUGGUAUGUGUUACACAACAUUGAUUUUGACAUGAAACAGCACUACUUUCUAAAAACUAAUUUUUGUCUUUUUAAAAUAAUACUGUCAUACAUAUUGUAGUUAUUUGUAAUGUCUCAAAUUAAUAUAGCUGAACAAUGACUUUAAAAGUCCAUGUGUGUGUAUGCCAUUUUGAAAUGCUGUAUUUUUCAGGGUGUGAUUUUCUGCUUUCAGUUUGAAAUUUCUGUGAAACUGAAAGCAUGAAAAGUGUCUAAAGCACUGAUUUUAUUUUUUUUUUCUCAUCUGUCAAUUAAAUACAGCUUAAUUUUCCUUUUUUGGUUGUGCCAUAAACUAAUGCUAAAAUAAGACUCAUUUUUAUAAAUAGGUAUAGACUGGCAAUCUGAUGCCAGUACUUGGAACUCAGACCUUUUAUCCUCCUCUAUUAUAAAAACAUACUAAAAUUAUUAUUUCUGUAGCUCUAGCAGCCUUAUAUUAAAAAAAAAAUAAAAACUAGACAACUUAGCCCCUUGAAUCUCACUGACUUGUAAGCCAUGCCAACUACAUGAUUUUAUAAUCACUAAAACAUGGAGGUUUGCCUUUGAACUUUCAUGUCACAUCAUCAGUCACUUCAUCACCCAAGUAUUUUAAUAUGGAAGGAAUAUAAAAUGUCAGUGCCUGAAAGGUGCAGCUGAGUCAGUGCACAGGCCAACCAUUUCCCUCUCUGUGGGGAAAUGCUGUCACUCAACAACUACCAGUUUGAUUUUUAAAGAAAUGUCAAGCAGAAUGAGGUAGGCAUGUCCAUCUUGACAAGCAGUUACAAGAGUAAUUUAAGCUACAUCUGUUAAUUCAUGUAAUUCUGUCACUGAAAAAGACCUGCAAGAAACCAAGCCUUAAUCCAGCCCAGUCCACCACUAAAUGUAAUGUUCCUAAGCACCACAACUACACCUCUUUUUAAAGAGCUGCAGGGAGGAGACUCAACCACUUGCCUGGGCAGCCUGUUCCAAUGGUGGAUGACCCUUCCAGAGAAGAAAUACUUCCUGAUACCAAACCUGAACCUCCCCUGGUACAAACUGAAGGCUGACACACACCACACUACAACCUUCUUUCAGGACUUGUAGGGAGUGACAGGGUCUCUAUUUGAACUGUACCCAAGGAAAAGACUCGUACUAAUUGCUGACAGUACGUAUUUUAUAACCCCGGUCUCAAGUUCAAAAUGUCUGGACCUGCCAAGAAGCUGUCAAUAAAACACUGCUGUCAUUU